AAAUGAUUUUUUGUACCCCCAGGGUAUUUCAAACUGCCACGUUUACGAAGUUGGGUUGCAGGCUUUAUAAUGGUUUUGUAAUAAUACUUUUCCCAGAAGGUUUUAGCAGUUGUAUAUUUUUUGACCUUCACAAACAGUCAAUAGGAACACAUCUGUGCAUCGUGUUACACAAUGUCUCUCGUUGUUGUCGAUGAUGAAAUCGAACUCCGAAGGUUGAUAAAAAAUGAGCGAAAACUAGUAGUUUUCUUUUCGUCCCCUAAUGUGCCUCAAUGCGAUCAAGUACAUAACGCCCUAAAAACACUUAAGGAAGAUACAGUGAAUUCAGAAAUUUUGUUCGUCCAUGUGGAUGCGGAGGCCGUUUCUGAGGUUUCAAAACAGCUGAAAAUAAUUUCUGUUCCUACAGUUUUAUUCUUUCAGUCAAGUGAGGAAAUCAAUCGCGUUCAUGGUGCAUCUAUUCCUGAUGUUACAAAAUCUGUCAUGAAUUUGCAAUCAGCACCCGCUAAUGGUUCAUCCAAUGAUCUUUCAUCACAUCUUCACUCUUUAAUUAAUAAGGCACCUGUCAUGCUUUUUAUGAAGGGUAGCCCCGAAGAACCCCGAUGUGGAUUUAGCCGCCAGAUCGUCAGUAUUUUGCGUUCUAAUAAUGCUAAGUUUGAAACAUUUGACAUCUUACAAGAUGAAGUGGUUCGACAAGGUUUGAAGUCCUAUUCCAAUUGGCCAACUUACCCACAAUUAUACGUGAAGGGCGAGUUAGUGGGUGGCGUGGAUAUCGUACGAGAGUUAGCCGAUUCAGGAGAGUUAGCACAAAUGUUGAUAGUUCCGUGAAUGUGGCAAAUAAAACACCUUCUUUCUUCCAAACCUCUGCCAUUUAUUGUAUUUUUAAAUGUAAUAUAACCUUAUUGAAUUGGAG